AUGUUGUUGCGGGUCGCACCUGCGACUCUGCCGGCAUUGCUGGAUUCUUUGACAAAGUCACUUACGACAACUCUCGACAUAGCGCCGAAGCUUGCCAAUGUUGAACUUCCAAAAGACGGCAUUUCGCUCCUCGACGUCAAAAACGAGCUGCUCCUCUCCUAUCUCCAGAACCUUGUCUUUCUGAUCCUUCUCAAGUUGCGUCAGGCUAAGAAUGGGAAAACGGACAGCAGAGAGGACGACUUGAAGCUGGGUGAUCUUGUUGUCUCAAAACUGGUUGAGUUGAGACUGUACCUGGAGAAGGGUGCUCGCCCCCUCGAAGACAAGCUUCGAUUCCAGAUCGACAAAGUCCUACGUGCAGCCGACGACGCCGAACGCAAUGCCAAGGCGGCUGAAGAAUUCGCAAAGUCCAACGGACAUGGGUCUGGGUCCGAGUCUGCAAGUGAAGAAGACGAUUCGGACGACGAGGACGGUGAUCAAGAUGACGCCGUUGACGGGCGAAAGAUUGCCGAUCUCCAACAUCGCCCUAAUUUCUCGGGGUGGCAACGGCCGGCUGCUGCUGCAAAGGCUGGAAAGGAGAAGGAUGAUACCUCGGGCGUCUACCGGCCACCAAGAAUUGCACCCGUGGUGAUGCCAACUACGGAGAGGGGCGAGAAGGGCGACCGCAGGGCGCUCAAGUCGGCCACCCUCGACGAGUUCGUUGCUGACGAGAUGUCUACCGCGCCGAUUGCCGAGCCCAGCAUCGGUACGACGAUUGUAAACUUCGGCCGCAAGAUCAAGACAGUCACCGAGCGCCGCAAGGAGGACGAGCGUCGCGAGUACGAAGAGAGCAACUUCGUCCGUCUGCCCAAGGAGAGCAAGAAGGAUCGCGCGAAGAGGGCCAGGCAGGAAGGACGCAGCAGCCGGAUGACUUUUGGUGGCGAGGAGUGGCGGGAUCUCAGUGAAGGCGUGGACAGGAUCAGCCGCCUGACACAGAGCAAAAGCUCGGGCGGAGGAACCAAGGCCCUGUUGGAGAAGAGCCGCAAGAGAGGCAUUGACACGCUGGAGGGCGGUCGCGGAAGUGGGGCGAACAUGGGCGAGCGAUACCAGAAGCGGCUGAAGGUGCUCGAAAGUGGUCGUCGCACACGCGGCAAGGGACGCUAG